GCCCUUAAAAUUCAAUAUCAGACUAUUCAGAUCUUUGAUUUUACUGACCCCGUAGUCGCUGGCAUACGGGACAGGAUCCGCGUACGAAGUCGCGGGCAGAAGCUAGUGUAAAAAUAAAUAAGUCAUUUUUUACUUAGUUUGGUCACGUAAUGAAAUUAAUCCCAGGAAGUCUCAGGCCAUGAUUAUUGGCAGCAGAUACAUGCGCAGCAGGCUAGAUGUUGCGUCACUACCACCGCUAAGUUUGAAUGGGGUUCAGAUCGACUACACUAAUACAGCGAAAAACCUGGGUGUUAUUCUAGAUUCUAACUUAUCGUGGUCAGCUCAGGUCAAUGAAGUUAGUCGCAAAGUUCACUACACUUUUCAUACGCUGAAAUGUCUUCAACACUUUUUGCCCUUGAAAACCAAAAUAUCACUUGCUCAGACUCUCAUCCAACCCAUUAUAGAUUACGCCGACGCCUGUUAUCUGGAUGCCACAGAGGAGCUUUUAAAUAAACUUGAGCGCUUGCAAAAUCUUUGUAUUCGUUUUGUCUUCAAUCUUAAAAAGUAUGAUCAUGUUUCACAAUUUCGCAAGGACCUCAAGUGGCUCCCUAUUCGUCUUCGCAGGAACACUCGCAUUUUGUGUCUUCUAUUUAAUAUCCUCUUCAAUCCUAAAUCUCCUUCGUACCUGCGGGAACGUUUCUCCUUUCUCCGCUCACCUGAUGCGUCCUGCAGGACUCAUCUCAAAUCCUUACUUAAAGUCCCUUCCCACUCCACUGAUUUCUACUCCUACUCCUUCACCGUGCACGCUGUACGGCUGUGGAAUAAGUUGCCGCCUGAGCUGAGGAGCUGCCAGCUGCUGUUGCAUUAUUUAAACAUUACCAUACAACAUGCCUACUCAAGCUCGCUGCGACAGAGUGCCCCCCCCUCACGCCAAGUGGGAUGCCCUCGACCUUCGAGUGCUGCAGGAAGAUGACUUGCCUCUCGACCCACGCUCUUGGGGUCGUGCGGAGGUGGGAACGUGGGUGUCCCGGCGGGGAGGACUUCCCGAGCGAUUCCCCAUGAACGGGAAGGCGUUGUGUCUCAUGUCCAAAGACAUGUUCGCUUCUCGAGUACCACAUAACGGACAUGCCUUACAUCAGGAUUUCAGAAGAAGAUUAGCCAAAGCAUUAGCGUUACAGGAAUUACUUGAAAAGAUCUCUCAUCACUGACUUAAAACUUACAUGAAAAAAAGUUUAGAGGCUUUUUAUAUUAACCAAACGCUACUGUCUUCAAGUAACUGCUUUCAUGACAUCUCGGCUGAUCAUCGGCCAAGGCGGCUGAACAUCAGCCGAACAGCCAGCUACGCAGGACAUAUUGAUGAUGUCUUAGCCGAUUAUCGGCCACGACGGCUGAGCAUCAGCCAGAUCAGCCAGCUGCGCAGGACAUGUUAUAGUGCAGGCACAUUCGCUUGGACUGCGGUGCACUCACUAUUCCUUCACUCUCAUAUCGCGAUGGGACGGCAAUCCGACACCACCGGAGAGAGAUCACAAGCACGACCGACAUUAACGUGCUCUCCGAUGCACGGGUGAAUCAAUCACCAACUUCCAGACUCCGGGCUGCUUUGUGAAAGUUAAAAUGUAUCUCAUAAAAGAUUGAUUUAUAACCAUGUUGUAAGAUUUGAACGUAAUUUUUGCUAUUUCAAAAGAUGUUACUAAAUGAAGUGUGUCAAGGUGACUCGCGAAAUAUUUGGCAAAAAUUUUUCGAUUGGUUUUUUGUUGAUUGUAAAAUUCCAUUAAUUGUUUGCAUCAUUUUAACUUGUUGUACCACGAAAUAAAAUGUGAAAUAUUUUAACUAGAGAAAUUCUAAGAGUAACUCUAACUUUUAGUCGGACGAUAGUUUGUUUAGGCUCGUAAAUCAGUAUGAAGAUGAAUGGUAGUACGCACAUUACAAAGAUCAGGUAUUUAGCCGGUAUCAGACCGACUGAAAACUUUGCUUGGAAAUUUCGUUCAAAAGAAAAAAAAACAUUAACUAAGCAAUAUGUAGAAAGUAGCGUUUUUCUAACAAUUUGUUAAUAAUGUAACAUUUGCACUUAUGUUCCUAUGAGUUAGUUAUUUUUAGUCAAAUCUUGGAUGAUAAAAACACUUAGAACAUACAAAAAUGUGUAUUACCUACAUAGUACAUUAGAAAGUCCAUAUUGAUUUUUUUAUCCGGGUGCGCGAAAUAGUUCCCACUUGAUGGAACUAAUGAUAUAAGCAGAGUUCUAAGUGUUUUCAUCAUACCUUAUGUUAAAAAAAAUACGUUUACAAUCGGUACUAAUAAAAUAUUUGUAAUUUUCGCACAUGGGGCUUUCAAACUACCAAAACUCUCGUAAAAUAUAAUUUUUGGCUAGUUACCCCCGUUAUUGAUAAAGUCUCCGAUAGCCUAUCAGAAACUUAUCAGGCAGAUAGCAUUAACUAUCAGAUAACUAACUGACACUUUAUCUCUAACUAGUGAAACCGGGGCACAUUUUAUUAUAGUAAAAUUAAUAAAACUUACGAAAAUUACAGUUAUUUUAUAAGUACUGUUUUGUUUUAGAAUAUAAAACAUCAGUAUUAUUAAAACCAAUUUGUUUUCUAAUUAAUAAUUAAUGAAAAUGUUUGUAUAUUAGAAUUGUACUUCUAGUCAAGUAUGUAAAUAUAAUUAUUAUGAAUUUUA